UAUUAGCUCACUUGGAUCUAGCAGCAGUGCUUCUUUUCCUCUCGGCAGCGGUGACUUUUUGCGUUGCGCAGCCGAGCGGCUGCUCGUAUCGGGUAUCUCAGGUAAAGGUGUGGGGACGCAGCAGAGAGAAACGGCUGGUUUGGGGCUCGAUGGAAGCUGCUACAGUAGGUCAGGUAGGACUCAGUUGAUGGGCCCUUUAAUUUAAAUACACGCCGUCGCAACAGCGAGCACCGAAGCUCCCGUUUUCGCGUCCAAAUGUUCAAGACGGUCAAUUACCCGACGGUGGAUCCUGCGCCCACCAUCAUGCACGGCACUUGGUUCAGCGCGGGCUGCCGAGAAAACACGCCCGUGGCGGUGGAGAAGCCUAAGAAAAAGGCGUUCAGCCUGGUCAAAAUCAUGUCUCUCGGCAACAAGAAAGGGCACGGCCAGCAUCCGCAUCACAACAACAACAUGCCCUUUACGAUCCACUGUCACAUCGGGAAAGAGAUAAAGCACAUUUGCAGCAAUUGCAGCCGCGGGAACGACACGCAGGACGCUGAGGAAGUAGAGAGGCUGGCCGCCAUGCGUUCCGAGUCCUUGGUCUCCGGCACCCACACUCCGCCCAUCCGACGUCGGAGCAAGUUCGCCACUCUGGGGCGCCUCCUCAAGCCGUGGAAAUGGAGGAAGAAGAAGAGUGAGAAGUUCAAGCAGACCUCUGCUGCUUUGGAGAGGAAGAUGUCCAUGCGACAGAGCCGAGAUGAGCUGAUCAAGAGAGGGGUGCUGAAAGAAAUCUUUGAAAAAGCGACCGUGGAGUUCCGAUCCUCGAUGGACGGCGGAGUCUGCACUCAGGAGCCCUCUCUUAAAUCAUCCAUGGUCCUGUCCACCAAGAAAUCUGUCACCUACCCAGGUGACCUUCAGGAUACCCCCGCCAAACCGCCUCUGUACCACAAACAGCCUCCUGCUCUCCCUCCAAAGCCUUUCUCUAGGAUCCCAAACCAUAGCACAGAUUCUUGCCAGCCAAUGAAGUUGCCCUGUAUGCCCGGUGGAAAGCACUCCCCACCCCUGCCUCCCAAGAAAGUGAUGAUAUGUGUGCCUCCAGGGGGGCUGGACUCCUCGUCCCCUUCUCCGUCCCCCAAUCCCCUCAGCGCUCUCUCCCAAAAGUGCGCCCCUUCCCAGGGCAUGACGCUCCACCACGGCACGCUGCUGCCCUCCCAGCUCGCUGGCCUGUCCAGUCUCCACCAGAGCCACGGUCACCCGCUCCAGCUCCAGUACGGCAGCUUGCACGCGCCCAGCCGCAUCAUCGAGGAGCUCAACAAAACCCUGGCGCUCUCCAUGCAGAGGUUUGAAAGCUCUGCGCUGCACGGCGUCGCUCAGUGUGUUCCCCUGGAUAGACGAGAACCGCCGUCUGUGAUCAUCGACUAUGAGGACGACAAGGAGAACAUGCCCAAUGAGUCUGACUACGAAGAUCUGCCCAGCAUGUAUAAGGACGAGGACGACGACGUGGAUGACGACGAGGACGAGGACGACGACGAAGAUGACGACUCCAUAUUUACGAGUACCCUGGCCCAGAAGGUGCUGAGGAAAGACUCUUUGGCCAUCAAGCUGAGUAACCGUCCCUCCAAAAGAGAGCUGGAGGAGAAAAACAUCCUGCCCAUGCAGACCGAUGAGGAGAGACUGGAGUCUAGGCAGCAGAUCGGCACCAAACUCACAAGGCGCUUGAGCCAGAGACCCACAGCGGAGGAGCUGGAGCAGAGGAACAUCCUCAAACCCCGCAAUGAGCAAGAGGAAAUGGAGGAGAAGAGGGAGAUAAAACGGAGGCUAACACGAAAGCUGAGCCAGAGGCCCACUGUAGAGGAGCUGAGACAGGCCAAAAUUCUCAUCCGAUUCAGUGACUAUGUGGAGGUGUCAGAUGCCCAGGACUACGACAGGCGGGCAGAUAAGCCCUGGACCCGGCUCACAGCAGCUGACAAGGCAGCUAUACGGAAGGAACUCAACGAUUUCAAGAGCAAUGAGAUGGAAGUGCACGAGUCGAGUCGCCAUUUAACCAGGUUUCACAGACCAUAGUAGACCACCACUCACUGUCUCGAGCAGUGCCGGACCGGCGCUCUCCUCCACUGAGAACCUUAAGUGCUGGACAGUAAAAUGGUGCCCGUUUCUACAAUAAGGCCAUGUCUUCUGAAAUGCCUUUUCAAGACCCACACAACUGAGUCGGUACUACGCUCCAAGAUGCAGACACCCACUACUCCAUCCACUGUAGUAGCACAUAAAUGACUCCAGUUGAUUCACAUCACCCCCUUUAUGGAAUUUGCUCGACUGUCUCUCAAACCUCCCCGCUGAGCUCUCAGGCAGGUGGCGAACGGACAGCGGGAGAGUUUUUGUUUGCAAUUGAUUGCCACUCUCGACAACCUAACUGAGGGCGACUGUACCUCGGCUCAUCAAUAACAACAGUGGACUUGUCUCAGUGGACAUGUUUUUAUCCCUCUUCUUUAUUAUGCCGUCACUCCGGACUCCUCCAGCCCGCAUGGACCACUCUGUGCAAGGAUGCAGGGGGGAGACUGUUCUGAGCUCAAUACAUCAGCAGGAGAUCCAUCUUCGCUCCACCUGCUGGGAUUGGAAGCGGCUCAGAAAGACACACGGGAGGAGGAGGGAGGUGUCCAACAUUAGAAUCAUGUGCAAUAUUUUUUUUUCUUCUGCUUUUCCUAGGCUUUAGCACCCCCUGGAGUCCUCUCUGUGUCAUUACUAUGUAGUCCUACUCCUGCCCUCAUACGUGCAAUUCUCACCGUACCGACAAUGUUGAACAUCUAAUUGCUAACUGUGAAUUUGAGAGAUUGGGCAAAUGCCUGCGUUCUCUCCAAAUGUACAUUUUGUUUAUACCGAGGAAGGAAAGUUUAAAGAAGAAUCAUGCUUGACCGAGUUUCAUUCACGUCACAAUCUUAGGAAUUUUAUUGUGAAAAUUGCAGCUGGCAGAUAUAUUCUGACUCCAGUGUGUUGCCAGUUACGUUUUAUAGGUUUUUCUUUGUUUUUUUGAUAGAGGCACUUAAACCAUAAGUUAUUAAUUUAGAUGUUUUUACAUGUCCCAGCACCAGAGCUGGCUCACCACAUUGUUAUCUGCCAUUUUUUGUGUUUGCAGCAGUGUGUUUAAUGAUCUUUGCUCAUAAUGUGCAUUGUAUUAUACACUUUACUUUUAUACUCAUAAGCUUUUGACCAAGCAAUAUCCGUUGUUUGUAGAGAAAAGGUUAAACUACAGGUGUA